AUGGGCGAGAACCUGCUUGCCCUUGUCAAACACCACGACUACAACGGCCUGCCGCUGCCCUUGGUGCGGCGCCUUUCUCGGCACACGCUCAGCGGCCUGGAGUACAUCCACUCGCGCGGCGUCAUCCACACGGACGUCAAGCUCGAGAACGUGCUGGUGCAGAGGCACGACUUCGCGGAGCUGCUGUGCGAGGCGCGCAGGGCACACCGGGCCUUCAUGGAGCAGAAGAAGGGCACCGUCGAUCUCCUCUCGAAGGCGCAGAAGAAGCGGAUGAAAAAAAAGGAGAAGAAGACCGCGGGCAAGGCGCCCGAGGCCGCCGCGGCGGCCGCGGCCGACGAGGCCGACGACAAGGGCGAGGCCGACCAGGAGGACAAGGGCGGCGACGCGGACGAGGCGGCCGCCGAGGCCUGCGGCAGGCCGGUGCCGCCCGUGCGGCAGCGGGAGCGGUUCGACACCUUGGACUUCUGCCAGGUGAACGCCAAGCUUGCGGACUUCGGUAAUGGAGUCUUUUCGAACAGGAAGGUCACCGACGACAUCCAGACGCGGCAGUAUCGCUCCCCAGAGGUUAUCAUAGGGACCGCGUGGGAUGAGACUGCCGACGUCUGGAGCGCCGCCUGCAUGAUAUUUGAGCUGGCCACGGGGGACUUCCUCUUCGACCCGCACGCGGAUGACGGGUGGUCCCGUGACGAGGACCAUCUUGCGCUGAUGACGGAGCUGUUGGGAGACCUGCCUCCUCGGGAAUGGGCGCUCUCGGGGAAGUACUCAAAGGAAUUCUUUAACAACUCAGGGAAGCUGAAACACAUCAAGAGCCUGAAGUAUUGGGCACUGAUCGAUGUGCUCAAGGAGAAGUAUUCCAUGUCACAGGACCGAGGUCGCGGCCGAGAUCUCGGACUUCCUGAUGCCGAUGCUGACCUGGGAGCCCAGAGCGAGGCGCACGGCGAGCGAAGCGCUGAAGCACCCCUGGGUGCAGCCCGUGCCAGGCGACGCCCCGGACGGUGCCGCGCCGGCGACGCUGCCCCCUAG